UUAUCUAUCUAUGAUAGUAAACGUACAUUCCGUAAUUAUAUAUGUAUAUUGUGUUUAGUUAUCUAGUUUGAUAUAUUAAUAAUUAAAAACGAAGAUAUGGAGUCAAAGCAAUUUUUGCUAGCAUCACUUCGAAAAGAAAUAACGGAAUAUCAUUUACAAAUCAAAGCUUUAAUACAGGAUAUUAACGCAUGCGCUUGUUCAUUGGCGCAACUUCAAAAUUUAAAUAGCGAAGGUCGUUCAAAAAUUUCAGUUUUAAGAAAAAAAAUCGAUUCAUUUGGAGAUUUAGCGAAGGAGAGUAAAGAUAGUCAACUUCUAAAAGAAAUUGUCCUUCAGAGAGAACUUUUAUCCAGUACAAUGGAAUCUUUUAAAAAAGCCAACAUAAAAGCAAUGCUAGCGAUAGAAAAAUCGAACAAAGAGGAGCUUCUUAAAUCGAAGGACGAACAAACGGCAAUUCGGAAUCGACAGAAGCCAGAUAAAAAGAAUCUAGCAAAAAUGAGUUCAAGUGUAACAGACCAAUUAUUAUCGAUAAGCAGGCAAUUAGCUGAAACAACUAAAAGAAGUGCAGAUACAGUAGACGUCCUUGCGUCUUCCUCUGAUAGUGUUAUCGGGACGCAGGAAGAACUCAAAGUCACUUCAACUACUAUCAGCCAAUCGGGAAAACUUCUAGCCAAGUACGGUCGAAGAGAAUUUACUGAUAAAAUUCUUAUGUUUUUCGCUUUUGGUUUCUUUCUUGCUUGUGUUGUUUAUAUUGUUCACAAACGUCUUUUUUAAAUUAUUCUUGGCAAUAAAUACACUGUCCUGUU